GCUCCCUAGGGCUGUUUUCUUCUCCCGCUGGAGCCCGACACGGGGAGCUUGCUGGGCUGCUGAGCUCUGACUCUUCCUGAACUCAGCCCUGCCUGAACCGUGUCGCGCCACAGGCUCUGCCUCUCUCGGUCUCCCUCGCGUUUCAACCUCCUCCUCUCCUCCGCUUACUUUAGCGUUCGACCAGACGUCUCGGGUUUUCUUCCUCGAUUUUUCCUCUCUUUCUGCAUCCCGGCCCCUCCUUGCUACCCCUCAGUUCAUCCCUGUUUCAUUGCUCGGGAAUAUUGUCUCGCGUCCCUUUACUUUUUUCUAAACUACAAUCUGUAAUCUCUUCCAUAUUCCGCACUAGUGGAAAAGUAUAGUUUUCUGAGGGUUUCAGGGCCUCCGCUUAAAAACAGAACUUUCAGAUCUUCUCGUGAUUUUCGUUUGAUCUUCAGCCAGGAGCUGAAUAUUUUCUUCUUUAGGUAACUUAGGUGAAGGUUGGCUUUUCACCAUGUUUGGCGUUUUUUUAAACACUCGCAAAACGUUGUCACAGAUUCCUCGGUGGACUCCACCUUUUGACUGAUUCUUUAAAGGUGAAGUUAUCCAAGAACUGAAGUCUGAAAGUGAUUGCCAUGGUCAGUUGUUGGGAGGUUCACUAACCUGAUUAAGAGUAGUCCACCUGAACAUCGCAGGAUUUCAGAGUCUAGCCUGUUAUCUCUGUGGUGCAUUAGUGCUUAUCAUUCCAUGAAUCGCUAGUGGUGAGGAGCUGGAGACCUGAACUGAAUCCUGGCUCUUCUGCUUGACCGCAGGCAAGGCCAUAUUGUAAUUCUGAAUCAUGUCUGAUAACGGAGAACUGGAAGACAAGCCUCCGGCGCCUCCCGUGCGAAUGAGCAGCACCAUUUUUAGCACUGCAAGCAAAGAUCCUUUGUCAGCUAAUCACAGUUUGAAACCUUUGCCCUCUGUUCCAGAGGAGAAAAAGCCCAGGAAUAAAAUCAUCUCUAUCUUCUCAGGCACAGAGAAAGGAAGUAAGAAGAAAGAGAAGGAACGGCCAGAAAUUUCUCCUCCAUCUGAUUUUGAGCACACUAUCCAUGUUGGCUUUGAUGCUGUUACUGGAGAAUUCACAGGCAUGCCAGAACAGUGGGCUCGAUUAUUACAGACCUCCAAUAUCACCAAACUAGAGCAAAAGAAGAAUCCUCAGGCUGUGCUGGAUGUCUUAAAGUUCUAUGACUCCAACACAGUGAAACAGAAAUACCUGAGCUUUACUCCUCCUGAGAAGGAUGGCUUCCCUUCUGGAACACCAGCACUGAAUACCAAGGGAUCAGAGACACCAGCAGUAGUAACAGAGGAGGACGAUGAUGAUGAAGAGGCUGCUCCCCCUGUUAUUGCCCCACGACCGGAUCAUACAAAAUCAAUUUAUACACGGUCUGUAAUAGACCCUAUUCCUGCACCAGUUGGUGAAUCUAAUGUUGAUGGUGGUCCUAAGUCUUCUGACAAACAGAAAAAGAAGACCAAAAUGACAGAUGAAGAGAUUAUGGAGAAAUUAAGAACUAUCGUGAGCAUAGGUGACCCUAAGAAAAAAUAUACAAGAUAUGAGAAAAUUGGGCAAGGGGCUUCUGGUACAGUUUUCACUGCUACCGAUGUGGCAUUGGGGCAGGAGGUUGCUAUCAAACAAAUUAAUUUACAGAAACAGCCAAAGAAGGAAUUGAUCAUUAAUGAGAUUCUGGUAAUGAAAGAAUUAAAGAAUCCCAACAUAGUUAACUUCUUGGACAGUUACCUGAUGGGAGAUGAAUUGUUUGUGGUGAUGGAAUACCUUGCUGGGGGAUCACUUACUGAUGUUGUAACAGAAACCUGCAUGGAUGAAGCACAGAUCGCUGCCGUAUGCAGAGAGUGUUUACAGGCAUUGGAGUUUUUACAUGCUAAUCAAGUGAUCCACAGAGACAUAAAAAGUGACAAUGUGCUAUUGGGGAUGGAAGGAUCAGUUAAACUUACUGACUUUGGUUUCUGCGCCCAGAUCACCCCUGAGCAGAGCAAGCGAAGUACCAUGGUUGGAACGCCAUACUGGAUGGCACCAGAGGUGGUCACACGGAAGGCUUAUGGCCCUAAAGUGGACAUAUGGUCUCUGGGUAUCAUGGCUAUUGAGAUGGUGGAAGGAGAGCCUCCUUACCUCAACGAAAAUCCCUUGAGGGCGUUGUACCUGAUAGCAACUAAUGGAACCCCAGAACUUCAGAAUCCAGAGAAGCUUUCUCCAAUAUUUCGGGAUUUCUUAAAUCGAUGUUUGGAGAUGGAUGUGGAGAAAAGAGGUUCAGCCAAAGAAUUGUUACAGCAUCCCUUCCUGAAACUGGCCAAACCAUUGUCUAGCUUGACGCCGCUGAUCAUGGCAGCCAAAGAAGCGAUGAAGAGUAACCGUUAGCAUCACUGCCGUGGCCUCAUGUUUUUUCCAUUUUCUAAAAGAAGUCUUUUAAUAUAUGAAAAUUAUUACUCUUUCGGGGUUUAAAGAAAUGGUCUGCAUAACAUGGAGGAAAAAAGCAAGCUAUUACUUCCUGAAGACAACCAAGAGAAAAUUCUAAAACAGAAUGACAACUUUCUAUUGAAUCCCUUCUGUAGGGUCCAAGAGGAAUUGUAGACUGACUCACGAGCCUUACUUCUCUCAGCAGACAGCCCAGCAGGGCCAUUUAUCAUGCUUGAGAUUUGCAUUUUAUUUUGCUGAUUUCAUUGUAGUAGAUCCCAUUCAUUGUCCCUUCCGGAGUAUUUUCAGUACUUGAAUGGCAGAUUUGAGUUUUUCAGAGUAUUUGUUUCAUCUGCUACUCUUCUUUUCUCUCUCCUUCAUAGCUUUCUUUUUCCUUGACCUUGCUCUUUUGAGUUGCUUUGAGAAAUUUUUCUUAUGCCUAAAUUCGGGGCAAAUGUGAGAGAAAUUAUGUGGCUCCUUAUAUUGGCAAAGGAGCUCAAUAUGGUUUAACUUUGUAUAGAAGUUAGGACCAGCUGUUGUUACAUGUAAUAGUUCAGAAUUUGAACUUAAAGGAAGGGAAGAAAAGUAUGUGAUUUUUACCUUUUUUAACAAAUGUGAAAGAGUCAGUUUUAGAAAUUUCAUGGUAGUGAGUUGGUUGCCAUUUGUUACAUGUAUAAAGAGAGAAGACUAAUGAUCUAUAUUUAUGACUAAAUCAUUGAGACAGAAAAAGAAUCCCAUUGACUCUACAUCCUUACAAUUUCAUUUUCCUUUCUGACUGUUUCCUCUUCAGAUUUGGCUUCAGGAACCGAAGUGGUUUGUCCUUGUUCCAACUUGGGCUGGGGCCACUACUUUCUCCUUCCCCAUUUUCUCCCUUGAUUUUGGAAAUAAGUUUCUGUAUAUGUUGUAAUUUUAGUUAGUUUGUUUGUUUUUUAAUUAACUCUCACCCGGCUCCUUCCCUCCCCCCGUGGUAAAUAAUGUAAUAACCAUUGAAUUUUCAGAAUUUAAAAGUUAACUUUUUUCCCCAUUUAAAGGAGAGAAAUAUUUGGAGCUAGCAGAGACAGAGUGGCCGACUUGAACCUUGGUGAGCUGUAAAAUAAUUAGAUGAGAUUAUAUUCAUGAAAGAGAAAUGUCAGUUACAUCGAGAUGCAGCUUCUGACCAAUAAAAUGUAGAGAUUUGUUAUAAACAUUGUUCCCAACCCAUUACCAACAUUAUACUGUCUAUGAGUACUUAAAUGACAAAGUCCUUCUUGAUAAAUUUAUGGAUUAUUUGAGAUGUUUUUCAAAUAAAUAAAUAAUAUGUAAAAAAAAAAACUGGAGGAAGGAAGAAAAGUGAAAUGUGCUUGUUGAUAGCAAUACUUUUUUUAUUUUAAAGAUUUAAAAAAGGUCUGUGACCUGUAGCAUUAAUUAUUAGAGUCCUUUUCUCCUCCCUUUCCAUCCCCUUCUCUUCUUUCUCUCUUCUUCUCUCCUUAUGUUUUUUUUUUUUGUUUUGCCUCUGGAGGUAGUAUGGUCCCUUCUGACAUGCCAAAAGCCACAUAAAGGAGAAGAUUCUGUGGUUUGGUUCCGGCAUUUUGUUCCCACCGUUUGCUCCUAAUUAACUUCACAUCUACUCACCAUCCUGCAAUAGUACAAAUCAUGAAUAAAAAUAAUUUUGAUGUUUUGUAGUACAUUAGGGGAACUAGGAGAGUUUGAUUUCCUAUCAUUCCCAUCACAUCUGUGUUAAGAUACAGGUAUAAGGAUAGAAAUGGCUGUUUAUUGAUAAUGCAGGAAGGUUUUUACAAAAAGGAGUAAAAUAAUUAAUGAAACUUACAUCUAGAGCACUUACUGACCUCUGUUUUCAAUUUGAUUCUUGAUUUCAUUUUUCUCUGGAUUAUAUUGGCCUUCUACAGCCAUUACUAAAUUACAGAAACAAGCUUGUUUAUUUCUGGUGGAAAGCUACAGUGUCUCUUGAGUUCCAGAUUUGAACAUUGUAAAUAGUUUUCUGGAUGGAUUAUGAUAAAGAAGAUGCUAUCGAUGAAAUAGAAAGCCAACUAGAUGCCAAGACUGUGAUCGUCAUAACCACUCUCGAAGGCACUUCCAUACAUGAGUCAUAAAGACCAUAUUCACUGAAUACAGUGCCAAUGCCCCAUUUUUAUGCCUGUGACUCAACAGAGAUCUUUUCAGUUUAUAGAAGCAGUUUGGGAUUUGUAUUUACAACUUCUUUGAUGGUUACCUGCACGUCCAUUGCUGGCAACGGACUUUGUCAUUGAAACCUGACUCCUAGGUUAAGGGAGCUACACUGUGGUUUAUUCUUUACUUACUUGGAUAAACUAACUUGUAAUAGAAAUAUACUUUGGUUAAUUCUGAAAUGUGUCAUUUUUAAAUAAUCUUAAAAUAAUCUUAAAAGCAAUACGGAAUUGUGAUUUAUUAGUUAAUUUUAAAUUAAAAUGUUCAGAUCUUGUUGAAAGAAAAAUUAUAUCUGAAUCAAGAUUCAUGUUUUGUUAAUAGCUGCUUUUUGUAAUCACCCUCUUUGUCAUCACUUUAGAAUGAAAAUUCCCAUUUAAAUCUAAAAGUUACCUUAGUAGUCCUCUUGUGUUCUAGGACAAUAUUGCUAUAGUACUUAUUUAUUAUAUUUCAGACUCUCUGACGGUCUUAAAGUUUUCUCCUCCUCUUGUUCCUUUUGCUGCUUUUAGGUACAGUUAAAACUGGGAAACUGAAAAUAAUGAAUAUUUUAUCCUACCUAGAGUAGUAAAGGAGUAGUGUGAGUGUGAUGGCAUAAGAAACCAAGGCUAACACAACUCCAUCUUCCUGUGUUGAGUGCCUGGCACAUAGUAUCAACUCUCUUCCCUUCAACAUAUAAAUAUUAAGCUGCUUAAAAUGUAUCUAGUUACCACCAGUCCUAAACGAACCUGUGCCUUUAAUAAGCAAUUUAAAACUACCUAUGAGUAUUUCUUUGUAGGGCUCACAUAAAUACAUGUUUGUUUAUAUAUACUGUAUUCUAGCCAGAAGAAGUUUAGAUCCGAUCAGGCAGUAGCUAUAGUUAGAAAAAGUGGAUGCUUGAAGAAUUUGCAUCAGUUUUUUAAUCUAAAAGUUUUAAGGUAUACUGAGAUCCAUAUCCGGUGAAAUAAAUCAUAUAGAUUAUAGCUAAAAUCUAGAUUAAUACUCAUUUUGUGUUUUUUAUAAUGGAAUUUCAUAGUAAUAUAAAAAGCAGAUCAUCUUCCUUGUUUCCACUGCUCCCACAAAAGAUAUUUAAACAAUUAAAAUCCGUUUUCCACAGUGCGCGUAUAUGUGUGUGUAUAAGAAAGGAAAAAUAUAUGCACACACACACACCUUUUUUUGGUCUCACUCGACAACACACUUAUUGACCACUUUGGCAAAGACACUGUGGUGGACACUGUGGAAAUUACAAAGGAGAAAUCCAGCACUGGCCUGGCCUUGAGAGAACUGAAGUCUUUCUCAUUCACCAUUCUAGAAUGUUGCCAAAUGAGAGGGAGAAAGAAAUGUAUGAUAAUUCUGUCAAACAAAUUUUCAUUCUGUAUUAAGAAAAGCAGAGGAAUAUAUUUGAAAUUGAACAUCGUGGGUAGAAUGUGUUGCUUUUUUUUUUCCUGGUAGAUAGAAAUGGAAUUAAGAGAAAGUAACUUGUCUCUACUGUUUUGUCUUCAAAUUUUAUAUUGACUUUUAUUUUUAAUUUAAUCCCAUUCAAUUAUUUAAUUGUUACAUUGACAUUAACUGCUGUAUUUGAUGACCUUGUUCAAUAAUUUUGUUCUUUCAGGGCUAGAAAUAAACUUUUUUUUAUGUUCACUUCUCCCUUUCCUAAACUUUAA